GCUAUUUUCUCGCGAGAGAGUGUUGGCUGGGCUCGCUCAGCUGUCUCCAGCAUCAGCAGCUGAAGGAAGGGAGGGAGGAAGAGAGAGGGUUAGUUUAUAUACCGUAAAAAACACAGCAGCGGCGUUAAUACGCAUCUGCCUGUAGCCGAGUACAAUAUAUUAGCGUUUUACAAGCAAAAUACAGUACCAAGAUAAUCUGCAACGAGUGCAUGAGCAGGGCUCUGCACAGCGUAAUACAAACCCUGCAGUUUCUUUUCCAGAAAGCUUGCUAGUUAAAAUAUCGCAAUCAUUUAUUUAAAGACGGAAGACUGCACUCGGAACAUUUUUGUUUGCUUUUAUUUAUUUAUUUAUUUAUUUACAUUUUUUAAUAAUAAAUAAAAACAAGUUUCGAUCUGCACGACUAUAAAGUACAACAUAAAUGGUGGAAGCGAUAGUGGAGUUUGACUACAAAGCUCAGCAUGACGAUGAGCUGACCAUCACUGUGGGCGACAUCAUCACGAACAUCAAGAAGGACGAUGGAGGCUGGUGGGAAGGAGAGACCAACGGCAAGAGGGGGCUGUUUCCAGACAACUUCGUGAGGGAAAUAAAAAAGGAUGUCAAGAAAGAAAGCCAAGCGGAGAAGCAAGUGGAGAAGCCGGGGGCUGAGCUCUCCAAUGGAAGCUCCUCUAUGACGACCUACGCCAGCCUGCGGAAGCACAAGGAAGGAGAGAAAAUUAGGAAAAAAAGAUGCAAAGCGGCUUUCAGCUACGCCCCUCAAAAUGAUGAUGAGCUGGAGCUGAAGGUUGGAGAUAUCAUUGAAGUUUCCCGGGAGGUUGAGGAAGGCUGGUGGGAAGGGACACUGAACGGGAAGACCGGGAUAUUUCCCUCCAACUUCAUUAAGGAACUUCCUGUAGAGCCAGAGGACACCGCUGCCACACAGGAGGAAAAGAGCACAAGAACAAAUAUAAAGGACAGCACGGGCUCGGAGAGCGACGGAGGGGACUCCUGCAGCACCAAGUCCGACGGGGGAAGCGUCACGUCCGCGUCCGAGAUCCAGCCCAAGAAGGUGAAAGGAAUCGGCUUCGGGGAUAUCUUCAAAGACAAGGCCAUCAAACUGAGACCCAGGUCGAUGGACGUGGACAGUGAACUGGGGACCCCCUCGGAAAAGUCAACGGCAAGGAAGGUCCCCUCCUCCGCUGGACCCCAGGAGCCUGUGAAAGCAGACUCUGACAGCAGAGCCAAAGCGACGGCAAAGGAAUAUUGCAAAGUAACAUUCCCAUAUGAAGCACAAAACGAAGACGAGUUGACAAUCAAAGAAGGGGAUGUUGUUGCUAUCAUCAGUAAGGACUGUGCCGACGCAGGCUGGUGGAGAGGGGAGUUAGGGAGCCGGCGGGGAGUGUUUCCUGAUAACUUUGUGAAGCUGCUCCCCCCGGAUGUUGAAAAAGAGAGACCGAAGAAGCCACCCCCUCCUGCAGCUCCUACUGGUAGACAGACUCCAGAGAAAAAGCCAGAAGUUAAAAAGGCACCACCAGAAAGACCGGAGUCUCUUCCAAGCAAAGUAGAGGAGAAAGAAGAUAAGCAAGACAAGGAUGUGAAAGACUUAUCGAAGCCCACCUUGCCAGCCAUCCCUCCAAAGAAACCUCUGCCUCCCAAAAGCAACUCCCUGAGCAGACCGACCUCCUUCCCCCCCAAGAGACCCGAGCGGCCAGUGGGGCCGGUGCCAAACAUCAGGUGUGAGAGCCCGAAGUCCGAAGCAGGAAGUGGUACGUUAGCAAGCACCCCGGAGAGGGACUCCGCUGAGAAAUCGAAUGACAUUGAUAUCGAAGAUUUCGACACGGUAGUACCGACUUCUGAGAAGCUCUGCCACCCGACCACCACCAGACCCAGAGUCACAGACAGACGGCCUCGCUCUCAGAUCUUCACUUCUUCCUCGCUUUCCAGUUCAGAUUUAGCAGAUUCUCCACCUCCGGAAGAAGACAAGCAUGAGAAGGACAGAGGGAGAGAAGGGCAGGAUUCUCCCUCCCUGAAACGACACGAAGCAGGAAAGAGAGCCCCAAGGCCUAUCCAGGGAGCCGAUCUGAAAGCCGGAUUGCCCCCGAAGCCGGCAGCGCCAGUGCCAGCCCUGUCUUCCAGCGGAGGUGGUAACCAGUCAGCCCUGCACCCAGGGGGGGCGGCCACAGGACACAGACCCAAUUCCCCUUCCCACGUAGGCCACGAAGCAAAGCCAAAGAACGACCGAGCCAGCCAUAGCCAGCAACCCUUGGAGGAGCUGCGGUCACAGGUGAUGGACCUGCGGACCAUCAUUGACCUCAUGAAGAGCCAGCACAAGAAAGAGAUUAGACAGUUAAUAAAUGAACUGGAUGAAGAAAAGAAAAUCCGUUUAUCCUUACAGAUGGAAGUAGAACACAUAAAGAAAUUCCUUCAUUCGAAAUGAGCGCUCGAGCAGCAGAACCAGCGCUCGCUCACCUUACGAGUCUUGCAGUUCUGCCACAGCCAAAUUUAGUUUUGUGACAAAAAAAAAAAACACAACAACUUUUUUUUGUAAACUUUCCCUUGUUGUCCUUUUUAUAUAAGAAAAAAAAAGAUGAAAUCUAAUUUUUUUUAAAUGCAUGAGACGAACUGUAGCCGAUGGGGAAGUUGCUGAGCGAUGCCUCCUCUGUAUGCCCAGCCCUCGCUCUCUAGCGGAGGGGUCAUUGUGCACGGCUGGUGAAUGAAAUGACAGGCUGCUCUGCCCAUCCUGGUACUAUUUUGAUUAUAUUUUUCAUUUAAAAAAAAAAUGUAUUUCACAAUAUAAGUUUACAAGUUAUAUCAUGUGCUUUACCACUUUUGUGGGGGAAUAUUUGUGCUUUUUUGUGGUUGCAAGUGAUUCCUGUGCUCUGGGGUUUCAUAGCGACGACGGCAUUGGCUCCCGGGUCCCGGGUCCCAGUCUGGGUUCACAUACAUGGUUUGCCAGUGUGACAUUGACACUUACUGUUCAAGUGUUGAGAUUGUUUCAAAGUUGAAGGAGACCUGUGUGUUUUCUAACUUGGUUUGUUCUUUUGCAAAAUAUUCUCUAUAUACCUUUUUAUAUUUCAAUGUUCUAAAUACUAUUAUGUGUGGACAUUUUUAUUAAAAAGCAAAGAUAUGAACACA